AUGGAGUCAGCCGUCGCCUCGUGUAAGAAGGCCUUUAGCACAUGGAAAAAUACCUCUCCUUUAACGCGCCAGCAGACCAUGUUCCAUCUUCAAGCUCUUAUCAAGCGUGACCUGAAGAAGCUUGCAGAAAACAUCACGCAAGAACAAGGAAAGACGUUGCCCGAUGCCGAGGGUGACGUUAGCAGAGGUCUUCAGAUUGUUGAGCAUGCCUGCGCAGUGCCAUCACUCAUGAUGGGAGAGUCUCUGCCAGGAGUAUCACGCGAUAUGGACGUUGUCUCGUACCGCUAUCCAUUGGGAGUCACUGCUGGUAUUUGCCCAUUCAACUUCCCGGUUAUGGUGCCAUUGUGGAUGUUCCCACUAGCACUUGCUACCGGAAACACCAUGUUGGUCAAGCCGUCAGAACAAGAUCCCGGAGCAUGCAUGAUGCUCGUUGAGCUGGCUAAGGAAGCUGGAGUUCCUGAUGGAUGCGUCAACGUUAUCCAUGGUCAGCACGACGCCGUGAACUUUAUCUGUGAUCAUCCUGAUAUCCGAGCAAUCUCCUUCGUUGGAGGUGAUAAUGCGGGCAAACACAUUUUUGAACGUGGAUCUCGCAAUGGGAAGCGUGUUCAGUCUAACAUGGGUGCCAAGAACCACAAGGAACCAGACCUUAACCAGUUGACAGCAGCCGCAUUUGGAGCUGCGGGACAACGCUGCAUGGCGCUUUCAACGGCGAUCCUUGUUGGAGAGGCUCGCUCUUGGUUACCUGAGCUCGUCGAGAAGGCCAAGCAGCUCCAUGUGAAUGCAGGAUGGAAACCAGAUACGGAUCUCGGCCCAUUAAUAUCGAAGGCUGCCAAGGACCGCGCUGUCAACAUAAUUCAAGGAGCGAAGAAGGAAGGCGCAAAUGUGGUGCUCGAUGGAAGCAACAUCACUGUUCCUGGAUUCGAAAACGGCAACUUCGUUGGACCAUCAAUUAUCGCAGGAGUGAAACCCAAUAUGACAUGCUAUAAGGUAUAUUCUGUUGUUUUGGAAGCAGAAAACUUGAAUGAUGCCAUCGACAUUAUCAACAAGAACCCCUACGGAAACGGAACCGCCAUCUUCACCUUGAACGGCGCUACAGCUAGGAAGUUCGCGAACGACGUGGAUUGUGGCCAGAUCGGUAUAAACGUACCCAUUCCUGUACCUCUACCCAUGUUCUCUUUCACUGGAUCACGUGGUUCGUUCAGAGGCGACUUGAAUUUCUAUGGAAAGGCGGGAGUUCAGUUCUACACACAAUGGAAGACCAUCACUCAACACUGGAGCGAAAGCCAAACAGAGUUGAAGCCACAAAUGUCUUUCCCUCAGCACAAGUAG